AUGGCUUCGCUUCUGCGUUCCAAAACAACCCAGAAACUUCAUCUGUUGCCCGGAAAAUUGUCAAAACUCAGAAGUUUCUCGUGUAAGAGUUUUUCUGAAGAUUUUCCAGAAAAUUUAGAAGGCAGUAGUAGCAGAUGUCAAUCCUCAACUAACCCACAAUCACCCGGUGAAGAAAUGGAGAGAAGCAUACAUACUAUGCUGACAAUUGACCGUUGGGAGUCUCUCAAUUGUAUGAAAUAUAAGUUGGCAUCUCUGAGGCCAGUUCAUGGAAGGUUGGCACUGAAAAUAUUGAGCUGGUUUCUAAAGCAGCCGGGUUUAGAGCUCAGUCAUAUAACGCACAUGUACUGUAUCACAACCCAUCUUCUUGUUAGAGCUAGAAUGUAUAAACAUGCCAAUUCAAUUUUACAGCAUUUAUCUGGAAUGGAUUUGGGGUCAAGUUCAGUUUUUAAUGCCCUUAUGGAUACUUAUCGUCUUUGUCACUCAAACCCUGCAGUUUUUGACCUGUUAAUGAGGGUUAAUGUACGAAAGGGGUCAAUUGGUGACGCUUUAGCUACGUUCCGAUUAAUGGGUUUUAGGGGUUUUAAGCCGUCCAUUUAUACUUGCAAUAUGAUCCUAGGAGCAAUGGUGAAAGAAUGGUCUUCUGAGUCUGUGUGGUCAUUUUUCAGGGAGAUGCUUUCAAAAGGUAUUUGUCCAAAUGUUGAAACAUUUAAUAUAUUGUUAAACGUUCUUUGUGUUCAAGGGAAGCUGAAGAAGGCUGGUUAUUUACUAAGGAAGAUGGAGGAGAGUGGUUAUGCUCCGAGUGUGGUUAGUUAUAACACAUUACUCAAUUGGUAUUGCAAAAAGAGUAGGUAUAAAGCAGCCAUUGAGCUGCUGGAUCACAUGAGUUGCAAGGGUAUUGAACCAGAUGUGUGUACAUAUAACAUGCUUAUGAAUAAUUUGUGUAGAACUAAUAGGAGUUCAAAAGGGUAUUUAUUAUUGAAACGGCUGAAGAUGAGGAUGAUACUCCCCAAUGAAGUCACCUACAAUACCCUGAUCAAUGGCUUUGUAAAAGAGGGAAAAAUUGCAGUUGCCAUAAAGAUUUUUGAUGAGAUGUCUAAUGUUAAUCUUUCACCAAAUUGUGUCACUUAUAAUGCUUUGAUUGAGGGGCAUUGUCAAUCCGGCAAUUUCGAAGAAGCCUUUGAACUUUUGGAGAAAAUGGUAGCAAGAGGAUUAAUGCCAAAUGAAGUUACUUAUGGAACACUUUUGAAUGGAUUAUGCAAGCAUGCCAAAUUUGAUUCAGCAAGAUGUUUAAUUGAGAGCUUAAAGCUGGAUAGUAAUGAUAUUAACUGUAUUACAUAUACUAUCUUAAUAAAUGGGUUAAGCAAAAAUGGGAUGCUAACCGAAAGUAUACAGUUGCUUCAUAAAAUGCUCAAGGAUGGUGUAUAUCCUGAUAUUGUUACAUAUUCAGUACUUUUGGAUGGAUUUUGUAAAGCUGGAAAGAUGAAUAAUGCAAGGGAAAUAAUUUGUAAAGCAUAUAGAUCAGGUAUCAUACCAAACAGUACUAUAUACUCUAUAUUAGUUUACAAUUUGUGCAAGCAUGGAGAUACAACUAAAGCUAUAAAAGUUUACAAAGCAAUGCUACAAAGUGGUCAUUGCGCUGACCUUUUUGUUUGUAAUGUAUUGAUAUCUAGUCUCUGUAGAAGUGGGAAGGUGGGAGAGGCAGAGAUUUUCAUGCAUCACAUGAAUGAGGUUGGUCUCGUUCCCAAUUCUAUUACUUUUGAUACCAUUGUUGAUGGCUAUGGAAGCAUAGGUGAUGGUGUGAACGCUUUUUCAUUCUUUGAACAAAUGGUUAGAUUUGGUCAUCAGCCUAGCUUCCACACAUAUGGAAGUCUGCUGAAAGGACUGUACAGAGGAGGAUAUUUUAUGGAAGCAUUGCAAUUCUUUCAUAAACUACGAAACAUACCUUGUGCUACAGAUGCUACUCUCUACAACACUCUGCUGGCCAAGAUUUGUGAACUGGGAAAUUUCAACCUAGCUUUGCUUAUUUUGGAUGAGAUGGUUGAAAAUAAUGUGUUUCCUGAUAGUUAUGCUUAUACUAGUCUUAUUUCCAUGCUGUGUAAAACGGAAAAGGUUGUUACGGCAGUUAUCCUACUGGAAAGAGUAUUGGAAAGAGACGCUUUUUCUCUGAACCAGUUUAUGUAUACAAGUGUCAUUAAUGCGCUUUUCAAGACUGGCCAACCAAAAGCUGCUAUUUACUACUUUGAAGACAUGGUAAAGCGAGGGCUCAAUCCUGAUACAGUUACACUCAAUGCAAUUAUAGAUGGGUUCUCAAGACUGGGACAAAUGAGCAAGUUGGACAAAAUCCUUUCAUUAAUGAACGACAAAACUUUGCGCCCUAAUUUGGCUACAUAUAACAUCCUCUUACAUUGGCAAGCAAAACAGCAGAAUAUGUCAGAGUGCUUUGCAUUGUAUGAUAUGAUCGCAAGGAAGGGUUUUGUCCCUGACAAGUUAACAUGUCAUUCUAUAGUUCUUGGACUUUGUAAAUCGAGCAUGACAGAUGUUGGGGCUAAAUUUUUGAAGAUGAUGAUUGGGGAGGGGACUCAAGCAGAUCAGUUGACAUUUAACAUGGUAAUCACCAAGUAUAGCGAAAGGGGUGAGUUGGUGAAGGCCUUCGAUUUGUUAAACAUCAUGAACUCGGUUGGAGUUUUACCCAAUAAAGAUACAUUCAGUUCUAUUUUUAAUGGACUUAAACGAAUAUCUUGUUUCGAAAAAGCCCGUGAGAUGCUGGAGAUGGGUUUUGUUCCUACUGAUAGACAAUGUAGUAGUUUGAUAACAAGUAUGUGUAGAGCUGGAGAUAUACAAGGAGCAUUUAAAUUAAAAGAUGACAUGGAGAAGCUUGGUGUUGGCUCGCGAAGUGUGGCUGAGAGUGCUAUGGUCAGAGGACUUGUGCAGCGCGGCAAGACAGAGGAGGGAAUGCUUGUUCUUGAUUGCAUGCUAAGGGUGCAACUUGUUCCAACCGUUCCAACUUUCACAACUUUAAUGCAUAAGUUCUGCAAAGAAUCUAGACUCGAGGAGGCAUUUUAUUUGAAAGAUUUAAUGGAAUUUCAUGGUGCAAAGCCUGAUGUUGUUGCUUACAAUGUUCUCAUUACAGCUCUCUGUCAUGCUGGUGAUAAUAAUAGUGCCUUCAAACUGUACGAGGAGAUGAAGAAAAGAGGUGUCUGCCCCAAUAUCACCACUUUUAGUAUUCUCACUAGUGCCAUUUCUUCUGGAAAUGACCCCAUGAAGGGUGAAACACUUCUGAUGGAUCUAAAGGCAAAAGGAUUGAUUAGUCAGAAUUCAAUAACUGGAGCUUUGCGGGGGAGACUGAUGGAUGCCAUGAAGAAGUUAAACCACAUAAAGCAUAAAGCAAAGGCUAGUGGGAAGAAACGAUGA